UGUCGUCCUUUUCCAGUGCACACACAGUAGCCCUAGCGCGAGCGCGAGAGACACACCCUCUCAAAUUCAAGCUCGGACCAUAUCCUCUCCGCUCUCAAUUCAAACCCACACAGAGUCUCAGUCAGCUCUUCCUUCGUCUGCGUCUGCGUCUCUGCAACUGCAAUUCUUCUUCGUCCUCCUCCUUCUCCUUCUUCUUGCCGUUUCUUCUGCUUGUAGCUCCACUGGAGAUAUCGCCAGAACUGAGGUUUACCCGUGAGGUUAUUCGUGCUACGUUGUCUGGUUAGAAGAAAGGUCUGAUGGAUUUUGACGAGUAUGAUUAUUUAGAGAAAACAGUUGAAAAUCCUGAACCACCGAAAUCAAAGGAACCUGCAAAUGGUGGUGAGGAAACAUUGAAAUCUGGAGAGAAAGGUCGCAGCCGAAGUUCAAAGCACAAGGGUGACGAGAAAGGUCACGAUGAGGAACGUCACUCAAAGCGCUCAAAAUCUGGAGACGAGUCACGUGAACGUGAUAAUGAUCGACACAGAGAGAGGGGAUCUUCUCGUCACCGCUCACAGUCAAGAGACAGAGAAAAGGAUCGCCACAGAAGUAGCCGGGAUCAUAGAGGUAGGGAAGACAGAGAAAGGGAGGAAAGAAAUGGUAAGGAGAGAGAUAGGGACAGAGACAAAGAGCGGGAUCCUGGUCGUGAUAGAGACAGGAGAGAACGUGACCGCGAGGGUGACAGGGACCGGGAGAAGGAUAAAGAGCGGUCACGUCGAAGCAGGAGCCAUUCAGAAAGGCAUCGAAGUGAUCGGGAUGAAAGAGAAAGGAGCCGGGAGGUGGAGCAUAAAGAAAGAGACAAGGAGAAGGAUUUGAGGGAGCGGGAAAAAGAAAAUAGAAGACAUAAAGACAAAAAGGAAGAAGGGACAGAACCUGAGGCUGAUCCUGAAAGAGAUCAGAGGACAGUAUUUGCGUAUCAGAUUUGUCUGAAGGCAGAUGAAAGAGAUGUAUAUGAGUUCUUCUCAAGGGCUGGGAAGGUCCGCGAUGUACGUCUUAUUAUGGACCGCAAUUCAAGACGUUCAAAGGGAGUUGGGUAUAUUGAGUUUUAUGAUGCGAUGUCAGUACCUAUGGCGAUCGCACUCUCUGGUCAGCCUCUUCUUGGUCAACCAGUGAUGGUGAAGCCAUCAGAGGCUGAGAAGAAUCUAGUUCAGUCAACAACAUCUGUUGUCACUGGACCAGGUGGGAUGAUAGGCCCAUAUUCUGGUGGAGCUAGAAGGCUGUAUGUUGGAAAUCUCCAUAGCAAUAUAAAAGAAGAUGAUCUCCGCCAGGUUUUUGGAGCAUUUGGUCCUGUAGAACUGGUUCAGUUGCCUCUUGAUGAAACUAAUAACUGCAAAGGUUUUGGAUUUGUGCAGUUUGCACGUCUUGAAGAUGCUAGAAAUUCUCUGAGUUUGAAUGGACAAUUGGAGAUUGCAGGUCGAGUAAUUAAGGUGUCAGCUGUUACAGACCAAGCUGGAAUGCAAGAUCUUGGAGCAAAUGCUGGUGAUUUUGAUGAUGAUGAAGGCGGUGGCUUGUCAUUGAAUGCGCGCUCUCGAGCCAUGCUCAUGCAGAAAUUGGACCGUAGUGGAACUGCACCAAGUAUUGCUGGUCCCUUAGGCACACCUGUUGUCAAUAGCGCAGGCGUUUCCUUACCGAUGGCACCAAUCCUGGGAGCUGCACCGGUGGUUUCUUCUCUUGUUCCUCCCAUUGCCUCUAUUCCUGGUUUUGCCGGACUUGGUGUUGCAGGGCUUCAAAUUCCGACAGCUACUCUUCCUUCUGUAGACACAAUUGGUGUUCCAAGCGAAUGUUUACUGUUGAAAAAUAUGUUUGAUCCCACAGCUGAGUCGGAACCAAACUUUGACUUGGACAUUAAAGAUGAUGUUCAGGAUGAGUGUUCGAAAUACGGUACUUUGAAGCAUAUAUAUGUGGACAAGAAUACUGCUGGACAUGUGUACUUGCGAUUUGAAAAUACACAAGCUGCUAUUAGUGCUCGGCAUGUUCUCCAUGGAAGGUGGUUUGCUGGAAAGAUGAUCGAGGCAACAUUCAUGUUGCCCCAGACCUACGAGGCUAAAUUCCCGGAAAGCAGAUAGGAUAAGGUAGCAAAUGUAGAAAAAGUAGCCGGUGUGUGUAUGCCUUGGCGGUAACCUUUAAAUUUUGGUCCAAUUUUCGUGCGAGCGUUUUAAUGAAUUGUUAUCGCAAGGGCUGUCCGAAAGAAGAAGGGAUGUCAUUAGGUAACUUGGAAAUGUUUACAGCCAGUGUCAGUUUACAGAAUACGGGUUUGUAGAACGAUUGACGUUCUCAUUUGUUGAAUUUUCCAGUUUGCGUUUUUGUUUUGGUCUUGGUUAAUGGAUGCGGUGCUGUAACUAGAUUUGUUCAGUAAAUUGCCUCAUGGCUGAGGUCCUGUAUUUGCUAGUAAAGAAGGAUUUCAAAUAUUCUGUCGUUAUGAAAGUUUCACACUUGACAAGCUGAAGAAAAUUGGACAUCGAAA